UAAAACCGCCAGCUGUGUAACGUUAAUUGCAUGUACUUUGCUGCCUCUCUAUUCUCUCUCUCCCGUUAAUUGCAUGCACGUCUCCCUGCAGCGGGUUGCACGGAGCCCCGAGUGGUUGCCUGCAGUGAGGAGACUGUUUCCUCUGUGGACGUGCUUCCCUGGUGGGAUUGGGCGUGGUGCCUGCAUGGAGAAAAAAAUGGGGGAAGCUGUAGCCAGAGUUGCCAGAAAGGUGAAUGAAACAGUGGAGCAUGGAGCAGACUCCCUAGAUUUGGCUGACUGCAAGUUGAUGAUGUUCCCUAUUGGCAUUUACAAAGUCAUGAGGAAUGUCACCGAAGGGAUACAUCUCAUAACUCUGGCCAAUAAUGAACUCAAGUCCGUGACCAGCAAAUUCAUCACUACCUUCAGCCAGAUGAGAGAACUCAACCUGGAAGGGAAUUAUCUGCAUCGCCUGCCUGAAGAGAUGAGAACCCUGUUACAUCUGAAGGUCAUCAACCUGUCCAGGAACAAGUUUCGACACUUUCCUGAGCAGUUGACUACCUUGAAGGCUCUUGAAACCAUCAACCUUGAAGAGAAUGAGAUUACAGAUGUCCCUGUUGAGAAACUUUCUUCAAUGGAGUCGCUGCAGAGUGUAAACCUGAAGUCAAAUCCCUUGAACGAGGAAGUCCAGGUGAUUGCCAGGCCUCUGAUAAAAUUUGACCUCCUGGUGUCUCCAAGGGGAGCACAUGCUGCUCCACAAGCCUGAAACACAGACUUUGGUUGCGUGGACUUGGUGUGACUUCAGUUGAGAAUGGUUUUAAAGGGAAAGCUAGGGGAUCUCGCUGCAGGGCAUGCUGAUCUAGAAUGGCUCCACCGGCUUUUGCAAGCUGCAUCACUCCUGCGUGUGUGAGGUUUUGUGGAUGUGAGGAGUAGGAUGGGGAUGAUUGGGGAGGGGGGUUCAGAAUCGGUAUUUCAUUGAUAGAGAGUGGAUCUGCUUAUUGUUAUUUCUUUGCAGCUGUCUAAAAUACACAGAAAUGCAGUGAGGCCCUAGUAAAUCGCUAUUUGAUAAAGGAAUAAAUCUGUGAAAAGAUUAAACUUCCAGGGCAACAGAAGGGAAAGUGCAAGGCAGAAAUAGAUCAGAUAAGAGACUCAGUCUCCUGAGUGUAUUUUCUAUGCACCAAACAAAACUAGAAAUAGUCUCAACAGCAGAGCCUUCUACAACGAGUCUGACAAGGAAGAGACCUAUUAGAAGAAUAACACUUUGCUUCAGCAGAGAUCAGUGUAAUAGCCUACUCCAUUCCUGUAUCACUCAAAGCCCUGUUAUUCAGGGUGAAGCAUGGUGUGGAGCAGAAGAGUGCUGGAAGGAGGCUCUGUCCCGUGAAUAAUGGGAAAACACUUGUUUACACAGCCUUGCUGGUCCAGGAUUGAAUGAAAAUACUCUGUGGAUGGACUUUUCUUUUCAGCUAGUUUGAUCUUGGUGGCUUACCCAUAGGAUCUGAGCCAACUGUUAUAAUGGAGCAUAUUAACUGGGCACCACUAGGAGCAUCAAAACAAGACAGUAAAACUUGUCUUACAGUAAAGAGGUCCUCUUGGAAAAAGUAUCCUAUCUACAGACAACUCAUUUUCUUCUCUAGUUCUUCAUUCAGCAUUUGAUUGACAAGGCAUAAUGAUCAACUCCACCCCCCCUUUUUUUUGACUGAUUAGUUGAUUUUGUCCAAGAUAAAUAAUUUCUGUUAAGCCUCCUAGGGCUUGUCUUCAUUGCAAAGUUAACUCAAAUUAUAAUUUGAAUGUUGCCCUUAACUCAAGUCCCAUCCACACACACACACACUCUUUACUGAAGUGUGGUGGUACUUUUAAGUAAAGUUGGCUGGCCAGAGAGGGAAGGUAUAGGCCAGAACUCAAGUGAGCACAAUUCGUCAAUUGCUAACAUAGGCUAGCUCCACUCAAGUGCCAACAGUCCUCCAAUGUCUUCCCACAAUUCCUUCCCUGUGCCCAGAAAGGACAGAAAAGUUCUCUCACAAUUUACUGGAAAAUAAUUCAGAGAAUGGCUUAUUUUGCUACAUCACUAAGAACCAUGGAUUGUGUGUGUUCCCAGCAGUCUUAGUGACACACACUAAUGAGUGCAGCUCCAGAGUGGCUACAACAGCUCAAGUGUUAUAUCGCAGUGAGCUAGGCUUGCUUGAGCUAGACUAACUUGAGAGGAGUAACUCUAGUGUAGAUAACUUGUGUAAUACUAGGACUGGCAGUGCAUUGACAUUAACAAGAGCAGGGGUGAACAAAUGUUCAAACAUGUUUGGAAACCUGUGGUUUCUGCAUGUCACUCCAGUAUAUGUUAGUUCUGGUUUUAGUGAUCUCUCUGUGUCCUGUCAUGAGCUGCUCACUGCUUGUCCCUUAUUAACAUGGUAGGUAUAUUUUGCUUGAAUAGAUUUUAACCUAGUUUCCUGUUGCUGGGGAUCAAGAGAGAAUCUGGUGGAUGGAAGAACCAGAAAAUUUAACUUGCUGGUGAGAAAUGAUCUCUGGUGGGUGGUUCAAAACGAAAAGGCAAUACAUUAAUCUGUUUGUUUCAUCCUCUGGAAUAGUGUUUUCCACAGAAUAUAGACAUAUGCUGGAUGUGCCUAAUACAUACAUGUGGAUAUUAUUGUUUCCCCUUUCUGACCCAAGCAGCUAGUCAAAGUUUAGGGCCCCAGGGAUAUCCCAGCUGGAAGUAGAGUCUGGUAUUUUCUUUGAUGCAAUCUAGUUUAUUUACAAGGAAUGUACAAAGUCCUGCUUGUCCAAAUGCAGGGGGAACCAAGAGCAAAAGGAGCAGUUUCUUAUCUGACAACCCCACGCCUCUUUAGCCAACACUAGAUGCAAAACACUAGACCCACUAGACUCACUUUCUAGCUUUUUCCAAGGUCAGCUGUGCUUACAGGCUGCUGCUUGGCCUCUCAGUCUGCCGGCUCUGUUUCCAGCUUGUCUUUUUUACUUACACAAACACACACACACACACACACACACACACACACAUAGAUACCCAGUCAGACACUUCAUCAUCCACAGGGUGCUAGUUUCUGGGCAGACACUGUUAGGACUUGUUUUUGGUGUGGCCCCUUACAGGGCCGGCUCUAGGCACCAGCGUUCCAAGCAUGUGCUUGGGGCAGCCCUUUUCAAGGGGUGGCACUUUUCAAGGGAUGGCACACACCCCCCCCCUUUUUGUUUUCUGCUUGGGGCAGCAAAAAACCUGGAGCCGGCGCUGACCCCUUAAGUGUUUCUUACAACACACAGUUUGUGCAGGGUGAGUUCACACAUCAGUUUGAACAAGGUUUUAACUCAGCCCCUAACAAGAUUUCACCCAGCUCAUAACUUAUAAAUGGGGAAACACUCCUUUCAUUGGGGAUACAUUUAUGUCCUUACUGCUCACUUCAGCUCUAAAAGGUUGGCUGCUUUCAAAUAUUGGUAUUAGUGGCAAGUUGGGUACAAGGUUUUGUUAUGCUAGACCCACCUUAUUCACGAUGAAACUUUACUUUGAAAUAAAAUAGGUGGUUGGUUUAGUAACAUUCGCCAAUUAGUAGAAGCAGUGAUAUGGAUUCCUAAAGCUCUACUGACAAAAAGUAAUUUUCAUUUAAUCAGCAUGUGAAAUGUCAAGUGCCAAAAUAAAUAUACCUUUGUGCUACAUCUCGUGUAUGCUCACCUCCUAGAGAGCAGUUUUGUUCUUCCCAUCUGGCCUUCCUUGAUUAUAAAAAUGAUGCCCUUAACCAGCUGCUACAUCCUGUGAACGGGACAUUCUUUUUUGCUCUGGCUUUUAAAUCAAUAUUGCCUGUGCUUUCUUUUUUAAAAUCAUAAUCUUGAUUCCAAGUUCCUGACUUAAGAAGUGGUGUGUGCGUGUCUGAAUAUAAUGCAAUAUAUAUUUUCUUCAUUUUUUCGUGAUUGCACAUUGAUGUCAGAUAAAUCAACAUUGUACUUCUUCAGUUACAGAGAUGAUUGGAAUAUGGUAGCAUGUUAUUUCAGAUUACUUUCAGAUUCCAUGACAUGGUACCUCCAUAAAAAGAGCAUAGAGGAAUAUGACAGGUUCACACGAUAUUUGCAGGGCCUGAUCGUUUAAAAUUCAUUGCAUACCACAAGCCAUUCAUCUAAUUAGUAAACAAAAAACAGACUACUCAUGUGUUUGAGAUUUAAACCUAUUACAGAAUAUGCACCAGGGAGUUCCCUAAUGGUGACUGAUACCUUAUCUAGGAGCCCUAUUGAUUAUCCAGAUUUUUCAAAGGCUCUGAAAGACACAGAAGCACACAUGGGUGCCAUAUUGAGUGGCCUGCCAACCUCGCUUCAGAAAUCAGAAUUGAUUAAAAUAGUCGUUAGUGAUGAUACACAACUGCAAAUGGUAUCAGAUGUUACUUAGCAGAGGUCCCAGAUCCAGCCCUUACCUUCCAUGCAUAAUGAGGAGAAGUCUGAAGAUCUGAUGAUCUGUGCUGAUUGUACGGAAGCCCACAAUCCUUGCAGGAUCACAUGAAGGAAGAGAUCCAGGAGGGACAUCAAUGCCUCAGAAAGCACCAGGAACAAGCCCCAGUGUGUGACACCCACUUAGAGGUGGACCUAAAACUCAAAGUAGAAUUAUGCAAAUCUUGCACCAGAAAAACUCAACUCAAAGAAUC